CGACGGAGCCCGACGGAACACAGGCCGGUCACGCCUGCCUCCUCGGCCGCGGGAACUCUCACAACUCCCCUGGCUUUCAGAACCCCAAUUUCACCAACACGGACUCGAAAACGCCUAGUACUCAGCGGCUGACGCAGCAGUGGGUGGCGGCCUCGGCCUCCUCCGGGUCCCAUUCCCGACCGCCUCCGGACGAGGCCCCAGCGCGGCUGCCGCCACAGCGCCCGCCCCGGGCCGCCGGUCACACUCAUCGAUCAGCCGCGCCCGCACGCUCCCGCCAGCUCCGCGGCGCCGCCAGGUGACGUCAGAGCGCACGUCACGGCGGCGCCGCCAGGAUGACGUCAGAGAGCGCACGUCACGGAGGGCCGCCGUCAGAGGCUAUAGGGGGAGGGGAGCCGGGCCUCUGUCGGCGGAAGUGGGGUUCGGGUGCGAAGGGGAGAAGCCCCCCGGCGGGGCCUGGGGCCCUCGGCUCGCCCGUGGCGCUCGGUCCCGAACGUGGUCCGGCGUCCGCCCCUCAGCUGGAACCCGGCACCCGAGACCCGGCCUCUCUCGGCCCCAGGCGCUGAGGCGUUACCUCGGGUCCCGUCGGGCAGCAGCCGGCGACGUGAGCUCCCCUGUGGCCCGAGGCCGGCUCGCGCCGCCAUCGCCUCCGCCGGCCGGCGGCAAGCCCCGCCCCCUCCGCCGCGUGCGCGCGCCGCCCGGGCGUCCGCGCGUGUUGACGGGAGGGGCCUCCGCGUUCCCUUCUUUCCCGGGACCGGCCCACUUGGGCUGCGUCAGGGGGGGGGGGCGCGUUUCUGCGCGUCCCCAGGGCCCCCUUGUGAGGAGGCGGCGGCCACGGGCUCCGGGUCUGCGGACCGGGCUGUGCGGUGCCUGUGCCCUCGGAGCCGCGGGCCGCCGCGGAGCCGCAGGGCGGCGCCGGCUGUCAGCCGGCUGCUCGGCGCUCCCCCUCGGCGGCCGGCGGGAUGGUGCGUCCCGCAGGGCGCGCGCGGCUCCCGCGCUUGGGCCGCUCGGCGCGGGCGGGGGCGCAGAGGGCGGGGGAGCGGGCCCGACUCGCAGGACCGGGCCCCGGCCGCGCCGUUGGGGAGCGGGCCCCGCGGGGCGGGGCGGGAGCCGCCGCGGAGCCUUCCGGCAGCCGCGACCAUGUCGGACCCGGCGCCCAAAGUUCCCGAUGAGAUGUUCCGAGAGGUCAAGUACUACGCGGUGGGCGACAUCGACCCGCAGGUUAUCCAGCUUCUGAAAGCUGGGAAAGCGAAGGAAGUGUCCUACAACGCGCUAGCCUCACACAUAAUCUCAGAAGACGGGGACAAUCCUGAGGUUGGAGAAGCUCGGGAAGUCUUUGACUUACCUGUCGUUAAGCCGUCUUGGGUGAUAUUGUCCGUUCAGUGUGGAGCUCUUCUGCCAGUGAAUGGUUUUUCUCCAGAGUCGUGUCAGAUCUUUUUUGGAAUCACUGCCUGCCUCUCCCAGGUGUCGUCUGAAGACAGGAGCGCCCUGUGGGCUUUGCUCACUUUCUAUGGGGGGAACUGCCAGCUGCACCUCAACAAGAAAUGCACGCAUCUGGUGGUCCCCGAACCAAAGGGGGAGAAAUACGAAUGUGCUUUAAAGAGAGCAAGUAUUAAAAUUGUUACCCCCGACUGGGUCCUGGAUUGCAUAUCUGAAAAAACCAAAAAGGAUGAAGCAUUUUACCAUCCUCGCCUCAUUAUUUAUGAAGAGGAAGAAGAGGAGGAAGAGGAGGAGGAGGAGGAGGUAGAAAAUGAGGAGCAGGAUUCCCCCAACGAGGGUAGUACCGACGAGAAAUCGAGCCCUGCCAGUUCUCGAGAAGGAUCCCCUUCAGGUGCCCAGCAGUUCUCACCCACGUCAAACACCGGAAAACCCAAAGGGGAGUUGAUGUUUGACGACUCUUCGGAUUCAUCGCCUGAAAAACAGGAGCGAAACUUAAACUGGACCCCAGCGGAAGUGCCACAGUUAGCCGCGGCCAAACGCAGACUGCCCCCGGGAAAGGAGCCGGGCCUGAUUAACUUAUGUGCCAGCGUGCCACCCGUUCCGGGCAGCGUCUUACCCCCCGACGUCCGGGGCAGCGUAAUGGCUUCGGGACAGAACCUGCAGAGUUCUGAAAGAUCAGAAAUGAUCGCUUCUUGGAGUCCGGCGGUGCGGACGCUGAGAAACAUUACGAAUAAUGCUGACAUUCAGCAGAUCGGCCGACCGCCAAAUGUGGCACACAUCCUACAGUCCCUUUCAGCGCCCACGAAAACCUUAGAGCAUCAGGUGAACCACAGCCAGCAGGGCCACGCGAACGCCGGUGCCGUGCUGUUCGGCCAAGUGAAGGUGGCCCCGGAGCCACACCUGCCGCAGCCGCCGCCCCCGCCCCCGCCGCCGCACCCGGUCCUGCACCUUCCGCCCCAGCAGAUCCUGCAGCUCCAGCCGCAACCGCAGAUCCCGCAGCAGCCCUACGCCCCGCCGCAGCCACACCCCUUCCCGCAGCCGCCGCCGCCCCGCCCGCAGCCGCCCCUGCAGCCGCAGCACCCGCAGCCGCCGCAGCACCUGCAGCAGCAGCUACAGCAGCACCUGCAGCAGCAGCAGCAGCUGGCCCAGCUGCAGCGCCUGCACCUGCAGCAGCACAUGCACGCGCCCGCCGCGCCCCCGCCGCCCCAGGCCCUGCCGCCCCAGGCCCCGCCCCCGCCGCAGCCGCAGCCGCCGCCGCCCCCACACCCGCACCAGACGCACCCGCACCCGCACCAGCUGUUUGGACACGACCCGGCAGUGGAGAUUCCCGAAGAAGGGUUCCUCCUGGGCUGUGUGUUCGCGAUUGCGGAUUAUCCCGAGCAGAUGUCUGAUAAACAGCUCCUGGCCACCUGGAAGAGGAUAAUCCAGGCGCACGGCGGCACCGUGGACCCGACGUUCUCGAGCCGGUGCACACAUCUCCUCUGCGAGAGUCAGGUCAGCGGGAUGUACGCACAGGCGAUCAGGGAGAGGAAGAGAUGUGUCACAGCGCACUGGCUAAACACCGUCCUGAAGAAGAGGAAGAUGGUGCCGCCCCACCGUGCCCUUCACUUCCCGGUGGCUUUCCCCCCCGGAGGGAAGCCGUGUUCUCAGCACAUUAUUUCUGUGACUGGAUUUGUCGACAGUGACAGGGACGACCUGAAGCUCAUGGCUUACCUGGCAGGCGCCAAGUACACGGGCUACCUGUGCCGCAGCAACACGGUGCUCAUCUGUAAAGAGCCUGCCGGUUUGAAGUACGAAAAGGCCAAGGAGUGGAGAAUACCGUGCGUGAACGCCCAGUGGCUUGGCGACAUUCUCCUGGGGAACUUCGAAGCGCUGAGACAGGCCCACUGCGGCCGCUACACGACGUUCAGUCUGCAGGAGCCCUUUGCCCCUACCCCGCACUUGGUUUUCAGUCUCCUGGAUGCCUGGAGGGUCCCGCUGAAGGUGUCGGCAGAACUGCUGAUGGGUGUGAGGCUACCUCCCAAACUGAAGCAGAACGAAGUGACCAACGUCCAGCCUUCUUCCAAAAGAGCCAGAAUUGAAGAUCUACCCCCUCCCACCAAAAAGUUAACACCAGAAUUGACCCCUUUUGUGCUUUUCACUGGAUUUGAGCCUGUGCAAGUUCAACAGUAUAUUAAGAAGCUCUACAUCCUUGGGGGCGAGGUCGCCGAGUCUGCGCAGAAAUGCACACACCUCAUCGCCAGCAAAGUGACGCGCACGGUGAAGUUCCUGACGGCCAUCUCCGUGGUGAAGCACAUCGUGACGCCGGACUGGCUGGAAGAGUGUUUCAAGUGUCAGACGUUUAUCGAUGAGCAGAACUACCUCCUCCGAGACGCUGAGGCCGAAGUGCUGUUCUCUUUCAGUCUGGAAGAGUCCUUGAAGAGGGCACACGCUUCUCCACUCUUCAAGGCAAAAUAUUUUUACAUCACGCCUGGAAUCUGCCCAAGCCUGUCAACCAUGAAGGCGAUCGUGGAAUGUGCAGGGGGACGAGUAUUGUCUAAACAGCCGUCUUUCCGGAAACUUGUGGAGCACAAGCAAAAUAAGAGCUUAUCAGAGAUCAUCUUAAUAUCCUGCGAGAACGACCUGCACUUAUGUCGGGAGUAUUUCGCACGGGGCAUAGACGUCCAUAACGCAGAGUUCGUGCUCACCGGGGUGCUCACGCAGACCCUGGACUAUGAGUCAUAUCCUUUUUCUGAAGGCGGCUCGGUGCAGGUCCCCCCUCCCCACUAGGAUCAGAACCGCACACAUCCGUGUGGCGCGGGCGGUAAGAGGCCGGCUGCAUCGUUGCAGGUGCCCUGCCGUAAGCUAGGAGCUUCUGUCUUCAUACGAUUCGUACUCUUAGUCUUUUCCAGAUUUUUAGACGUUUGUGAGUGUCUAGUCUGUGCCACCUUGACUUUCAGAAAGAACUGCUUUAGAAGUCAUCUGGGUGAUGUGGGGGUGUCCUCUCAGGGGCCUCGUGUCCUGUCUAGAGACGGAACGGAGCCUGCGUGGAGAGCUGCCGGGGAGGGGCGGUGGUCCUGUGCGGGGCCCCAGGGGCGGCUGCCUGGGCUCUGCCUUGUGGCCGAAAGGGGCAUCCGCCGUGACGCGGCCUCGGCUUCGCCGCCUCCGCGGGGUGGCCACGCUGGCUCUUCACGGGUGCUGGUCCCAGGCCCCGCCGCAGAGAGGCUGGGGUGCGCGGGCCGUGGCAGUCCGUGCAGGGCACAUGGAAAGCUGCCCCUGAUCCGGGUUGCCUGGUUUGAGUGGGUACGAGGAACGCGGUCCAGGGUCUUAGAUGGGCCCUGACGCUGGUUAACUAGACUUGGGGUCCCGUAGGGAUGUAAGCUUGCCUCGUGUUCGAAGCGUGUUUUCCUCAACAAACCUACGUAUAAGUUUAACUGAUGGCAUCCGCACCGUGACUGGAGUCCUGGGCACGGGCCCGGCCGCGGCCGCCGUCGGGUGGACGGACCCGCUUCCUGCAGAGGCCCGCGUUUGCCAGCUGCUUUGGGAGGCAGGCGCUCUAGAGCAGGAAAACCAAUAGGAUACAUAUGCUGCAUCUUUUUAAGAUGUGUAAUUUUAUUCUGAGGAAACAUAAAUUAUGUUUUGUAUGAUAUGAAUUUAUGAGCCCACAUUAGGUUUUAUGAUUCAUUUGCCAGGUUUUUAAAUGUUUUCACAACACUGUUAACAGAACUUCAACUACAAAUAAAAUGGUGUAAAUAAAGACCUUGCUAUCUCUAAAUUAUGAUGUUAAAGAUUUGAAAUGUUUUGUACUUUGAUUAUUUUUAUUUCUUAUACUCUUUUCUUUUAUAUUGAUAUCUUGCCCACAUUUUAAAUAAAUGUACUUUUGAACUUAGAA